GUGUGAUCGCGUCCGAUGGCGGAGACUCCAUGACGCACAGGAAAACGCGCAGCUCCGAUGAGUACUGAUUCACACUGAGGAGCGAGCUUAGGCUUCAUCGUGCAGCUUUAGAUGUAGCUCACGCGUCAUAUCUCUAUUUGGUGAGGACAACAGAUCUCACACAGUAUGGACAGAGGGUGGUUUAUAGGCCAUGAGAAGAUUCGGCCAACAAGAUCUGAGGAGCAGAUGCCCAGCAGCGUCUCAAGACCCUGCAUGACUAUCAACCUGACUGAUAUGCUUCGAGCAGACAAACCUAAUGCACCAAAAAAGCCGGUUCCAAUCCGUCCCCCGAGCCCUCGAGUCUCUCCGCCGAAGGCACACGAGUUCCACUGCAGUCACUCCUGUGAGCCCCCUCCCAAACCCAUCAUCCGGCAGCGGUCACACUCUCUGCCCUCCACCACGGAGAAGAAGGAGCGAUGCAGGAAUGUCGGCGUGCGGUUUGUCGACUCUUUGGGGGUGGACCUCGAAGACAUUAGGCUUUUCCAAUCUGGAGAGGAUCCGUGUGUGCCACAUCACGUCACCUUUAGAUUGUUGAUGGGGGCCGAGUUGGCAGAUGGAAGACAUCUGGAAAUAUCCUUGCCGUACCUGAAGCCAAGUUUUGCCCAACAACCGGGCGACCAGCCAGGAUUCCUGCAGCGUGUCCAAGUGCAGAAAGUGUGUCUGGAGAGAGUCUUGUGCUUUGAGCUGGGUGUCAUUGGAAUCACCCAAGUCCUCAAUUUGGACUUUGAGAAAGAUGUCACAGCUCGGUAUUCAUUUACAGACUGGAAGAGCUGCACAGAAACUAAAGCCUCUUGGGUAUCCACCGUCACCACGACCUUGGAAGGAGGAGGGGGCCAACUCAGCUGCGACACUUUCCGUUUUCACCUGCCCGUUCCUCCGUUCCUGCAGCCUGGAGCAGUUUUGCAGUUUGCCAUCCGGUACAAUGUCGGAGGGGCUGAAUACUGGGACAACAAUAAUGGAGAGAAUUAUAAGUUAGUUUGCCAUAACUACAAGCUCACUGUGCCAAAAGAAUGUGAGGAUAGCAUGGUGCACUUCAUUUAGGGUGCUGACUAAAGGUAGAAGAGUCCAUUUAGAGCACUUUAUGAUGGUUAUCAGCACGUAUGACUAAAAAUGUAUAACUGCAUCGUAACCUGUCAUGUUCAUUUUGUUCAAGAUAAACUCUGGACAGCCCGAGCCAGAGCAAAGUUAACCAACACUGGUGCAAUUACACCUGACGCCAACUUUAGUCCCACUGUUUCACUUUAGUAUGUGAUUUUUUAUUAUUUGAUUUUCUUGCCGAUUUGAAAAUUGCACUUUAAUACGGGAACAUCUGAUAGAAGUGAGAAGCAUGGAGCACUAUGUAAAUAUUCUGUGCAAUUGAAUUAAUUGCACAUUUUCUUCCAGCUGGGUAUUUAUAUAUUAAAACAAUAUACAAUACAGGUAUCUGGUCCUCUGAAACCAUUUGCUUUGUAUUCAGAGUUUAUUUUUGCGUCAGAUUUUGUCAGACAAAAUGUCCAGACCAUGCAAUAGAUACAAUUGAAUAUCUUUGAAAGAAAUCGUAAAUGAAUGCUUAUUUUGUAUUACAAUAAAGUACAAAUGCACACAAUUGUUGCCUUGUAUUAUU